AUGAAGAUUCAGUGUAACGUUUGCGAGGCGGCGGAAGCGGCGGUCUUAUGCUGCGCCGACGAGGCUGCGUUGUGUUGGGCGUGUGAUGAGAAAAUUCACGCCGCUAAUAAACUCGCCGGAAAACACCAGAGAGUCCCUCUCUCUGUCUCUUCCUCUUCCAUACCCAAAUGCGACAUUUGCCAGGAAGCUUCUGGAUUCUUCUUCUGUCUGCAAGACAGAGCGUUGCUAUGUAGGAAGUGUGAUGUUGCGAUCCAUACCGUGAAUCCUCAUGUUUCAGCUCACCAGCGAUAUCUUCUAACUGGAAUCAGAGUCGGUCUCGAAUCUACAGACGUUGGUCCCUCUACAAAGUCAUCACCAUCCAAUGAUGACAAAACCAUGGAGACAAAACCAUUUGCUGUACCUACAUCUGAGCCUCAAACCUUUGAUCAUCCUCAUCAUCAUCAGGUGGUUUUACCGGAAACUAAAGUCAGUGACCACAUUUCGACAAAGCUUCCUUUUGCUAGCAGCGGAUCAGCUACUGGAAGCAUUCCUCAGUGGCAGAUAGAGGAGAUUUUCGGGUUAACGGACUUUGAUCAGAGCUAUGAAUACAUGGAGAAUAACGGAUCAUCUAAGGCGGAUACUAGUAGACGAGGAGAUUCAGAUAGUUCUUCGAUGAUGAGAUCUGGAGAAGAAGAUGGAGAAGAUAACAAUAUCUGCUUGGGAGGUGAGGCAUCAUGGGCGGUUCCACAGAUCCAUUCCCCACCAACAGCUUCUGGUCUAAACUGGCCUAAACAGUUUCAGCACCACUCAGUGUUUGUUCCGGACAUAUCUUCUUCAACUCCUUAUACCGGUUCAUCCCCUAAGCAGAGAAUUGGGAAACGGCGGCGACGUUUCUAA